GGUUGGAAAGUCUCUGGCCGGAGGGGAGGCUAUCUCCGGGUUGGCAUGUUUCUGGUUGGAAGUGGGUUUAUCUUAGGGUUGGAAUGUUUCUGGUUAUGCUGACAUUAGCCAUUAGGCUGAUGUUUUUGGGUUGGAUUUAGGCAGUUUCUUAAUCAAGGGGAACUUAAAAUGGUGGCAGUUGUCCAAGAUGGCAAUGCUCCUGCUGUCAGGGUAGGCCUUGGGAAGACACCAGGUGUCUUUGUAAACUUAGGUUUCCCCUGUACCAAGCACAGUGCUGACUGCAUUACAUGGGUUUUUCUUUUUACUAUUAGUGACAACCUUCUGAGGUAGGUAUCAUUACUGUCCCCAUUUUACAGAUGAGACAACUGAGGCUUAGGUAGGCUGUCACUCAUCCACAGCCACAGAGCUACUAUGGAGGGAACCCCAUUUGUUCCUAAACUGCGAUUAAAAAAAAAAGUGGUGGGGAGACAGGCCAAGAAAGAAAACACGAAAAGGGUUGAAAAGCAGCAAAAAAAAGUAAGCAGUCAGGCGGAAGAGGCCCCUUUCCUGCCUCCUUCCCGCCCGGCGCUGGGCCUUGCGCAGGGCCCGGACGCCCCCAAGCGGCCGCCUCUCUGCAGCUGACGCUUCCGGCUACAGGCUGGCGUCACUAGCGAGCGCCCUGCGUAGGCACCGGCCCCUGAGCCCGGGCUUCGGUUGAGGGGGAGGAUCUUCCGGCCCUCUCGAAAAUCAUUUCCGGCAUGAGCCGGAAGACCGUCCCGGAUGGCCUCGGGGACGGCCAGUGUGUGGAGGUGAGCUCCGGGAUUGCCAGCAUUCCCGCUUCUGCUGGUUGCCUCAUGCUGCAGGCUGCGGCCGUCAGCCCUCGCUCGCAUUGGUGGCGCUGAGGUGCCGGGGCAGCAAGUGACAUGUCGUCGGGCCUCCGCGCCGCUGACUUCCCCCGCUGGAAGCGCCACAUCUCGGAGCAACUGAGGCGCCGGGACCGGCUGCAGAGACAGGCGUUCGAGGAGAUCAUCCUGCAGUAUAACAAAUUGCUGGAAAAGUCAGAUCUUCAUUCAGUGUUGGCCCAGAAACUACAGGCUGAAAAGCAUGACGUACCAAACAGGCACGAGAUAAGUCCCGGACAUGAUGGCACAUGGAAUGACAAUCAGCUACAAGAAAUGGCCCAACUGAGGAUUAAGCACCAAGAGGAACUGACUGAAUUACACAAGAAACGUGGGGAGUUAGCUCAAUUGGUGAUUGACCUGAAUAACCAAAUGCAGCGGAAGGACAGGGAGAUGCAGAUGAAUGAAGCAAAAAUUGCAGAAUGUUUGCAGACUAUCUCUGACCUGGAGACGGAGUGCCUAGACCUGCGCACUAAGCUUUGUGACCUUGAAAGAGCCAACCAGACCCUGAAGGAUGAAUAUGAUGCCCUGCAGAUCACUUUUACUGCCUUGGAGGGAAAACUGAGGAAAACUACGGAAGAGAACCAGGAGCUGGUCACCAGAUGGAUGGCUGAGAAAGCCCAGGAAGCCAAUCGGCUUAAUGCAGAGAAUGAAAAAGACUCCAGGAGGCGGCAAGCCCGGCUGCAGAAAGAGCUUGCAGAAGCAGCAAAGGAACCUCUACCAGUCGAACAGGAUGAUGACAUUGAGGUCAUUGUGGAUGAAACUUCUGAUCACACAGAAGAGACCUCUCCUGUGCGAGCCAUCAGCAGAGCAGCCACGAGACGCUCUGUCUCUUCCUUCCCAGUCCCCCAGGACAAUGUGGAUACUCAUCCUGGUUCUGGUAAAGAAGUGAGGGUACCAACUACUGCCUUGUGUGUCUUCGAUGCACAUGAUGGGGAAGUCAACGCUGUGCAGUUCAGUCCAGGUUCCCGGUUACUGGCCACCGGAGGCAUGGACCGCAGGGUUAAGCUUUGGGAAGUAUUUGGAGAAAAAUGUGAGUUCAAGGGUUCCCUAUCUGGCAGUAAUGCAGGAAUUACAAGCAUUGAAUUUGAUAGUGCUGGAUCUUACCUCUUAGCAGCUUCCAAUGAUUUUGCAAGCCGAAUCUGGACUGUGGAUGAUUAUCGAUUACGGCACACACUCACGGGACACAGUGGGAAAGUGCUGUCUGCUAAGUUCCUGCUGGACAAUGCGCGGAUUGUCUCAGGAAGUCACGACCGGACUCUCAAACUCUGGGAUCUACGCAGCAAAGUCUGCAUAAAGACAGUGUUUGCAGGAUCCAGUUGCAAUGAUAUUGUCUGCACAGAGCAAUGUGUAAUGAGUGGACAUUUUGACAAGAAAAUUCGUUUCUGGGACAUUCGAUCAGAGAGCAUAGUUCGAGAGAUGGAGCUGUUGGGAAAGAUUACUGCCCUGGACUUAAACCCAGAAAGGACUGAGCUCCUGAGCUGCUCCCGUGAUGACUUGCUAAAAGUUAUUGAUCUCCGAACAAAUGCUAUCAAGCAGACAUUCAGUGCACCUGGGUUCAAGUGCGGCUCUGACUGGACCAGAGUUGUCUUCAGCCCUGAUGGCAGUUACGUGGCGGCAGGCUCUGCUGAGGGCUCUCUGUAUAUCUGGAGUGUGCUCACAGGGAAAGUGGAAAAGGUUCUUUCAAAGCAGCACAGCUCAUCCAUCAAUGCGGUGGCGUGGUCGCCCUCUGGCUCGCACGUUGUCAGUGUGGACAAAGGAUGCAAAGCUGUGCUGUGGGCACAGUAUUGACGGGGCUCUCAGGGCUGGGAGGACCCCAGUGCCCUCCUCAGAAGAAGCACAUGGGCUCCUGCAGCCCUGUCCUGGCAGGUGAUGUGCUGGGUAUAGAAUGGACCUCCCAGAGAAGCUCAAGCUAUGUGGCACUGUAGCUUUGCCGUGAAUGGGAUUUCUGAAGAUUUGACUGAGGUCUCUCUUGGCCUGGAAGAAUAACACUGAAAAAACCUGACGCUGCGGUCACUUAGCAGAGGCUCAGGUUCUUGCCUUGGGAAACACUACUAGCUCUGACCUUCCAUACCUCACUUGGGGGAGCACAGGGCCCCGCUGGGCCUCCUCACCAACGGCAGUGCCAAAAACAGCCCCCACAUCAAGGUGGUGUUCUCUGUGCUUUCUCUCGUCCUUCCAAAGUCGGUUCUGGCCUAACGCAUGUCCCAACACCUUGGGUUCAUUUGCCCGGUGAACUCACUUUAAGCAUUGGAUUAACGGAAACUCCCAAACUACAGACCCCUCCCUGGUGGGUUGCAUGAAUGUGUCUCAUUACUGCUGAAAUGUCCUCACAUCUCUUCCACUGUUCUUCAGAGCUUUCUGGCUCUCUUUCCCCCACAAAAUUCGACAUAUUUAAAAAUCUCCGUGUGGCUUUAAAAAGUGGUUUUUUGUUUUUUUGUUUUUUUGAGGUGGGAGAGGAUGUGUGAAAAUCUUUUCCAGGGAAAUGGGUUCGCUGCAGAGGUAAGGGUGUGUUCCUGUAUCGAUCUGCAGACAGCCAGAAGGUGGGUGCACACUGCAUGCUUGGGGGUGCCAAGGGAUUCGAGACCUCCAACAUACUUGUCUGAAGCUGGUGAUUCUGGCCAUGGCCCCUCUGCCAAGCCUGUGUGCGAUGCCCUUGGUGCUUUAGUGCAAGAAGCCUAGGCUCAGAAGCACAGCAGCGCCAUCUUUCCGUUUCAGGGGUUGUGAUGACGGCCAAGGAAAAACAUUUAUCUUUACUAUUUUACCUGUGUAUAAAGUUUUAGUUCAUUGGGUGUGCGAAACACCCUUUUUAUCACUUUUAAAUUUGCACUUUAUUUUUUUUCUUCCAUGCUUGUUCUCUGGACAUUUGGGGAUGUGAGUGUUAGAGCUGGUGAGAGAGGAGUCAGGCGGCCUUCCCACCGAUGGUCCUGGCCUGCACCUGCCCUCUCUUCCCUGCCUGAUCACCGCUUUCCAAUUUGCCCUUCAGAGAACUUAAGUCAAGGAGAGUUGAAAUUCACAGGCCAGGGCACAUCUUUUAUUUAUUUCAUUAUGUUGGCCAACAGAACUUGAUUGUAAAUAAUAAUAAAGAAAUCUGUUAUAUACUUUUCAAA